GGCCGCACCACUCGCGGCCGCGGGGGAGUGCAGGAGUGUAGGCGAGGCGGUCGGUCACCAGAUGUAUUGGCAUGCGAGAUCACUAAGCCUUCUGGGAGAAACAUGGAAGACAGCUAAGGGACCAAUAGGUCCCAAGGCCUUGGGAUGAAGCCUACAAGAGUGAAGACGGGGAAAUGGGGCCUCUACACUCUGGGGAGACAUGGUGUGUCACGGUGAGCACAGUACUCACUCCAGCGUAAGAAAGGAUGAAAUGCCUGCUUGGUGUUCUGCUCUAUCGUCCUCCUCUUGGUGGAGAAAGGCUGGAAACCCUCAGGUCUGCUGUCUUCUCCUCAGGACCCCGGGAGCAGCACCCGGAGUCCACGGCCUGGAGGCUGGGCAUCACCACGCUGGGUGCAGGCCUCCUUCACCCACAGGGCCAUUGGAUAAGCCCACCGUGGAGGAGGCCGUGGACUCCGGGCCCAGGACGAUCAGCAGGAGGUAUCUGAGCUCCCUGAAGAACAAGCUGUCCAGCAGGGACUGGAGGAAAUCUUGCCAGGCUAGGACCUGCCCUGGCCCCGGGACACAGGAGCCUGAGGAGAAGAGGAUCGUCCAGGAGCUGCUGGAGACAGAGCAGGCCUAUGUGGCACGCCUCCACCUGCUAGACCAGGUGUUCUUCCAGGAGCUGCUGAAGGAGGCCCGCAGCAGCAAGGCCUUCCCCGAGGAUGUGGUCAGGCUCAUCUUCUCCAACACCGCCUCCAUCUACCAGUUCCAUGCACAGUUCUUCCUCCCAGAGCUGCAGCAGCGGCUGGACAACUGGACGACCACCCCCCGCAUUGGCGAUGUGAUCCAGAAGCUGGCCCCCUUCCUGAAGAUGUACAGUGAGUAUGUCAAGAACUUUGAGCGAGCCGCUGAGCUGCUGGCCACCUGGAGUGACAAGUCUCCACCCUUCCAGGAGGUUAUCACCCGCAUUCAGAGCAGCGAGGCCUCGGGCAGCCUGACCCUGCAGCACCACAUGCUGGAACCUGUGCAGAGAAUCCCACGCUACGAGCUGCUGCUCAAGGAGUAUGUCCAGAAGCUGCCAGCCCAGGCCCCAGACCUGGCUGAUGCCCAGAAAGCCCUUGACAUGAUCUUCUCAGCUGCUCAGCACUCCAACGCAGCCAUCACUGAGAUGGAGCGGCUGCAGGAACUGUGGGAAGUGUACCAGCGCCUGGGCCUGGAGGACGACCUAGUAGACCCCUCCAACACCCUGCUGCGCGAGGGCCCUGUCCUCAAGAUCUCCUUCCGCCGCGUCGGCCCCAUGGAGCGCUACCUUUUCUUGUUCAACAACAUGCUGCUCUACUGUGUGCCCAGGGUCAUCCAGGUGGGCGCCCAAUUCCAGGUCAGGACCCGUAUCGACGUGGCCAGCAUGAAGGUGCGGGAGCUGACUGACGCUGAGUUCCCCCACUCCUUCCUGGUGUCCGGGAAGCAGCGCACCCUGGAGCUGCGGGCCCGCAGGUCCCAGGAGGAAAUGAUCUCCUGGUUGCAGGCCUGCCAAGCGGCCAUUGACCAAAUCGAGAAGCGGAAUGAAACCUUCAAAGCUGCGGUCCAGAGCCCUGAGGGAGACACCCAGGAGCAGGAGGCCUCUCACUGCUCUGGCCUCUCCCAUUGCGGAGCACAGGCUCCAGACACGCAGGCUCAGCGGCCAUGGCUCAUGGGCCCAGCCGCUCCGCGGCACAUGGGAUCUUCCCGCACCAGGGCACGAACCCGUGUCCCCUGCAUCGACAGACGGACUCUCAACCACUGCGCCACCAGGGAAGCCCAACAUUCUUUAUUUUAAAGUCUAUUUUAUCUGAUAUGAGUAUUGCUACUCCAGUUUUCUUUUGAUUUCCAUUUGCAUGUAGUAUCUUUUUCCAUCCCCUCACUUUCAGUCUGUACGUUCCCUAGGUCUGAAGUGGGUCUCUUGUAGACAAGAUAUAUAUGGGUAUUGUUUUUGUAUCCAUUCAGCAAGCCUGUGUCUUUUGGUUGGAGCAUUUAAUCCAUUCAUGUUUAAGGUAAUUAUCGAUAUGUAUGUUCCUAUUACCAUUUUCUUAAUUGUUUUGGGUUUGUUUUUGUAGGCCCUUUUCUUCUCUUGUGUUUCCCACUUAGAGACGUUCCUUUAGCAUUUGUUGUAGAACUGGUUUGGUGAUGCUGAAUUCUCUUAGCUUUUGCUUGUCUGUAAAGCUUUUGAUUUCUGCAUUCAAUCUGAAUGAGAUCCUUGCCAGGUAGAGUAAUCUUGGUUCUUCCCUUUCAUCACUUUAAAUAUAUCAUGCCACUCCCUUCUGGCUUGCAGAGUUUCUGCUGAGAAAUCAGCUAUUAACAUUAUGGGAGUUCCCUUGUAUGUUGUCAUUUUUCCCUUGUUGCUUUCAGUAAUUUUUCUUUGUCUUUAAUUUUUGUUAGUUUGAUUACUAUGUAUCUUGGCGUGUUUCUGCUUGUGUUUUUCCUGCCUGGGACUCUCUGUGCUUCCUGGACUUGGGUGGCUAUUUCCUUUCCCAUGUUAGGGAAGUUUUCGACUAUAAUCUCUUCAAAUAUUUUCUCAGGAACUUUCUCUCUCUCUUCUCCUUCUGGGACCCCUAUAAUGCAAAUGUUGUUGAGUUCAAUGUUGUCCCAGUGGUCUCUUAGGCUGUCUUCAUUUCUUUCCAUUCUUUUCUCUUUAUUUUGUUCUGCAGCAGUGAAUUCCACCAUUCUGUCUUCCAGGUCACUCAUCCGUUCUUCUGCCUCAGUUAUUCUGCUAUUGAUUCCUUCUAGUGUAUUUUUCUUUUCAGUUAUUGUAUUGUUCAUCUCUGUUUGUUUGUUCUUUAAUUCUUCUAGGUGUUUGUUAAUUCUUCUAGGUCUUUUUUUUUUUUUUUCUUCUAUGUCUUUGUUAACCAUUUCUUGCACCUUCUCGAUCUUUGCCUCCAUUCUUUUUCUGAGGUCCUGGAUCAUCUUCACUAUCAUUAUUCUGAAUUCUUUUUCUGGAAGGUUGCCUAUCUGCACUUCAUUUAGUUGUUUUUCUUGGGUUUUAUCUUGUUCCUUCAUCUGGUACAUAGCGCUCUGCCUUUUCAUUUUGUCUAUCUUUCUGUGAAUGUGGUUUUCAUUCCACAGGCUGCAGGAUUGUAGUUCUUCUUGCUUCUGCUAUCUGCCCUCUGGUGGAUGAAGCUAUCUAAGAGGCUUGUGCAAGCUUCCUGAUGGGAGGGACUGGUGGUGGGUAGAGCUAGGUAUUGCUCUGGUGGGCAGAGCUCAGUAAAACUUUAAUUCACUUGUCUACUGAUGGGUGGGGCUGGGUUCCCUCCCUGUUGGUUGUUUGGCCUGAGGCGACCCAACACUGGAGCCUACCCAGCUCUUUGAUGGGGCUAAUGGCAGACCCUGGGAGGGCUCAUGCCAAGGAGCUCUUCCCAGAACUUCUGCUGCCAGUGGCCUUGUCCUCACAGUGAGCUAUAGCCACCCCCCACCUCUGCAGGAGACCCUCCAACACUAGCAGGUAGGUCUGCUUCAGUCUCCUAUGGGGUCACUGCUCCUUCCCCUUGGUCCCGAUGCACACACUACUUUGUGUGUGCCCUCCAAGAGUGGAGUCUCUGUUUCCCCCAGUCCUGUCGAAGUCCUGCAAUCAAAUCCCGCUAGCCUUCAAAGUCUGAUUCUCUAGGAAUUCCUCCUCCUGUGGCCGGACCCCCAGGUUGGGAAGCCUGACAUGGGGCUCAGAACCUUCACUGCAGUGGGUGGGCUUCUGUGGUAUAAGUGUUCUCCAGUUUGUGAGUCACCCCCCAGCAGUUAUGGGAUUUGAUUUUACUGUGAUGUGCCCCUCCUGCUGUCUCAUUGCGGCUUCUCCUUUGUCUUUGGAUGUGAAGUAUCUUUUCUGGCGAGUUCUGUUGUCUUCCUGUGGAUGAUUGUUCAGCAGUUAGUCGUGAUUCCGUUGUUCUCGCAAGAGGGAGUGAGCGCAUGCCCAGGUUUGGGUUUUGAAAGUGCCUGAAAAAUGUGAGACCAAGGGAAGGUGGAAGGCAGGUGGGGUGGUAGUUAUGGAGAGCGUCUGUGACUUGAUUUCAGAUCUGAGCUCUGAACUCUGGCCUGCUGGGUGUCUUUGCUGAGUCCCUUGACCUCUCUGGGGCUCAGCUACCUCACCUGUAAAAUAGGGCUCAUAGUAACUGACCUUCCCUUUACGUGGUCUGUAUUCGUCCAGUCCGCUUCACAUGGAAGCCACUGGGAAACAUGGCACACAUAAUCUCUGCCACAAGCAGGUGGGUACAGGGGGUCCUGAAGUACCCACCCUGC